AUGGAACUGACUGAUUCUGGAGGAAUUUGGUUUAAAAGGCUUUUUAAAUAUACUCUAGAUUUAGUUAGCUUUAACGGAGUAAUCAAGACCACUGCAAUACUUGACAUAGAAACGAAAACUCAUUAUUGGCUUACCGUGUUUGCUCAAGACCACGGAGUGGUCCCUCUGUUUUCAUCGGUCGAGAUUUACAUCGAAGUCCUCAACGAGAACGAUAACGUCCCCCUUAGCGAACUGCCAGUCUAUUAUCCCGUCAUACAGGAAGACAGUCCUGCGGGCACGGUGGUGCUCCAAAUAAAGGCGACUGACAGAGAUAAGGAGCCCGGCCAGGAGAUAUCUUAUAAAAUAGCCGCGGGCAAUCAGUGGGGUUUCUUUGCUAUUAAUGCCAGCACCGGUAAGAAAACUGACCUUCUUAGUUCAGCUGAAGCUUCCCAAAAACCUGCCGUUUCAUUUCCAGAAAGUCAAGUUUUAGAAGAAUUUGUUAAAAGUUACCAGUGGUCAAAUCUGAAUCAGCUGAGCCAAGUUAUGUGCCUUUAUUCAAUAUUUUUGCUCAACCACGUCAAUUUUUGCGAAAGUGUCAAAAACUGA